CUCGGCCCAGUGCGCGUGCGCGGUGGCGCGGCCGAGCGCUGACUGGGUCCCAGCUGCAGAGCCGCGGAGACGCGAGCCUGACCCGCGUUGGCACUGAGGUGGCGGCGACUGGCGGCGGCUGGACAGCUGGACAUCCCGCGCCGCGCAGGUUUUUCUUUUGCCAACCCUGGGUACUUUCCUCACACACAUGCUGUGACCAGUAUUCAGAUGAAGAUUGGGAACACCCUCUGCAGAUUUCUGGAGUUCUUUGCGAGUUCUGUGCAAGCCUCCCUUCUCCAUGUCUUUGCUCUCCUUUGGCCUCCUCUAGCUCUCCACUCUGUGUCCUGGGCCAGCCGGCAAACUAUCCAGGGCAAAUGUUUCUGGACCAGAUGAAGCCUGAGGAGCCUUCCAGCUGUAUGAUAAUAGGCUAGGAAGCCUUCUGAGUGUGGAUUUGCUGAAGACUUGCCCUGCCUCUCUGCACAAUGUCAGGAAGCCACACACCUUCUGCCAGUGGCCCCUUCUCAGCCCUGACUCCAAGCAUGUGGCCCCAGGAGAUCUUGGCCAAGUCCACGCAGAAGGAAGAGUCAGUGGAGCAACCAGAGUUCUUCUAUGAUGAGUUCGGUUUCCGCGUGGACAAGGAAGACGGUGCCAACCCCGGUUCCGGCAGGCCGUCAGGUGUGUCUCUGAUGGAGGACCCUCCACAGAGACUGCGCUGGCAGGCCCACCUGGAGUUCACCCAUAACCAUGACGUGGGGGAUCUCACGUGGGACAAGAUUGCUGUCUCUCUGCCCCGCUCUGAGAAGCUUCGCUCCUUGGUGCUGGCGGGCAUCCCACACAGCAUGAGGCCACAGCUGUGGAUGCGGCUUUCUGGAGCCCUGCAGAAGAAGAGGAAUUCUGAGCUGUCCUACCGAGAGAUGGUGAAGAACAGCUCCAACGAUGAGACCAUUGCUGCCAAACAGAUCGAGAAGGACCUGCUCCGCACCAUGCCCAGCAACGUGUGCUUCGCCAGCGUGAGCAGCAUCGGGGUGCCCCGCCUGCGCAGGGUUCUCCGGGCACUGGCCUGGCUCUACCCAGAGAUCGGCUACUGCCAGGGCACGGGCAUGGUGGCUGCCUGCCUUCUGCUGUUCCUGGAGGAGGAGGACGCUUUCUGGAUGAUGUGCGCCAUCAUCGAGGACUUGCUCCCCGCCUCCUACUUCAGCACCACCCUGCUGGGAGUCCAGACAGACCAGCGGGUCCUGCGCCACCUCAUCGUCCAGUACCUGCCUCGCUUGGACAAGUUGCUCCAGGAGCACGACAUCGAGCUGUCUCUGAUCACGCUGCACUGGUUCCUCACGGCCUUCGCCAGCGUGGUGCACAUCAAGCUGCUGCUGCGCCUCUGGGACCUGUUUUUCUACGAGGGCUCCCUGGUGCUGUUCCAGACCACGCUGGGCAUGCUGCGGCUCAAGGAGGAGGAGCUGAUCCAGUCCGAGAACUCGGCCUCCAUCUUCAACACGCUGUCAGACAUCCCUUCGCAGAUUGAGGACGCGGAGCUGCUGCUGGGGGAGGCCAUGCGGCUGGCUGGCUCCCUCACGGACGUGGCCGUGGAGACGCAGCGCCGCAAGCACCUGGCCUACCUCAUUGCGGACCAGGGCCAACUCCUAGGGACCAGUGCCACCACCAACCUGUCACAGGUCGUGCGGCGCCGGACCCAGCGGAGGAAGUCUGGCAUCACCUCCCUGCUCUUUGGGGAGGAUGACCUAGAGGCGCUCAAGGCCAAGAACAUCAAGCAGACGGAACUGGUAGCCGACCUCCGGGAAGCCAUCCUGCGUGUUGCCCGCCAUUUCCAGUGCACAGACCCCAAAAACUGUAGUGUGGAGCUUAGCCCAGACUACAGCAUGGAGAGCCACCAGCGGGACCACGAGAACUAUGUGGCAUGCUCACGCAGCCACCGGCGCCGAGCCAAGGCCCUGCUGGACUUCGAGCGACAUGACGACGAUGAGCUGGGCUUCCGCAAGAACGACAUCAUCACGAUCAUAUCUCAGAAGGAUGAGCACUGCUGGGUCGGGGAGCUGAACGGCCUGAGAGGCUGGUUUCCAGCCAAGUUUGUGGAAGUCCUGGAUGAACGGAGCAAAGAGUACUCCAUCGCGGGGGAUGAUGCUGUGACAGAGGGGGUCACGGACUUGGUUCGAGGGACCCUCUGCCCAGCUCUCAAGGCCCUGUUUGAACAUGGGCUGAAGAAGCCAUCCCUGCUGGGAGGUGCCUGCCACCCUUGGCUGUUCAUCGAGGAGGCAGCAGGCCGGGAGGUGGAGAGAGACUUUGACUCGGUGUAUUCACGCCUGGUGCUGUGUAAGACGUACAGGUUGGAUGAAGAUGGCAAAGUCUUGACCCCGGAGGAGCUGCUCUACCGGGCUGUGCAGUCUGUGAACGUGACCCAUGACGCUGCACACGCACAGAUGGAUGUCAAGCUCCGUUCCCUCAUCUGCGUGGGACUCAACGAGCAGGUCUUGCACCUGUGGCUGGAGGUGCUCUGCUCCAGCCUGCCUACCGUGGAGAAGUGGUACCAGCCCUGGUCUUUCCUGCGCAGCCCUGGCUGGGUCCAGAUCAAAUGUGAGCUCCGCGUUCUCUGCUGCUUCGCCUUCAGCCUCUCGCAGGACUGGGAACUUCCUGUGAAGAGAGAGGAGGAGAAGAAGCCACUGAAGGAGGGUGUUCAGGACAUGCUGGUGAAGCACCACCUCUUCAGCUGGGACAUAGACGGGUGAUGCUCCUCCUCCGGUGGCCGUCAAGCCCACACCUCCCCCAGGCACCCGGCUCCCGAGCAGCCCCCUCCUCAAGCAAGCGGAGAACAGCACGGUCCUGGCCGGUCUUGGGGCUGCUCUGGGAUGGGGUCUGAGGUGGCCCAGGCCCAUUCUCAGCUGCGGGGUCAAGGGAAAGACGCACCGGAGCUCUGGCCAGGCACCACGACACAGCGGGACGCCACCUGGGGGCACCCAGGAGUGUCACGGGAGGACAGUGGGAGGCAGGAGCAGAAGGUGGGGCUCAGCCUAUUUUUCCCGGUACCCAGGGGAGGGCUCUGCACAGGCAUUUACAGAGACCCCAGGCCCCCAUUUCACAGUUUGUACCGACCAAAAACCUUGUGAGGAGGUGGAGAGCCAGGUCUGUUGUGUCAGUUUUUGCUCAGGAAGGGGAUGGGGGUGGCCAGAGGCUCCCUGGCCUCUUUGGUUUGUAAAUAAAGUGUGUCUUUGAGAAAUCA